GGACAGAGUUCGUGUGGAGAUACGCCGGAGGACUGGGGAAACUUUUAUAAAAAUUUGCGGUAGUUCCUAUCCAUGACAUUUACCAGGGGCUCUACAGAGACCUUUCCAGGAAUCUUGUCAUGUUCAAGGCAGUGCUGAAAAAGAACAGAGAUGGGAGCAAGGGGAGCAAGAAGGAUUCAGGUGAUGUUCACAGCCACAGUGCCCAAAGAAGAUACCCACCUGAGGGAAACCCACAGCCCCAGGGUCCUGGCAGUGGGCACCCUAACGUCCCAGAUGAUGUUUUCAGACUAAGCCUUGCUAAGGGGGUGUCCAUGUCGCUCCCCUCCUCACCUCUCCUGCCACGACAAUCCUAUUUGAUGCCCCUGCGACCCAGCAAGAGAUCACCAGGUCCGAUCAGGAAGCCCAAAUAUGUGGAGAGUCCUCGUGUUCCUUCUGAUGCCAUCGUUUCAGCGCUGAGGAAGGUGGCUGAUAACAAGGAGUCCUCCCACAAAGAACUGCAAGCAGAGAAACAGCCAAGCUCCUCCUCCCCUGCCACUCAGGAACUGAUGACAAGGCUGGGCUUCUUACUGGGAGAAGGGAUCCCGGGUUCGGCAGGCAUACCUAUGGACGACAAGAAUGAAAAGAAGUGCUCUGUGACAAGCCAGGGUAUCAGCCCCUGCUCUACACUGACCAGCAGUACGGCGUCUCCCAGCACUGACAGCCCAUGUUCCACACUCAACAGCACAACAAGCCGCCCCCCUCUAAGCCGCUCCAGCCCUUGUGGGACCAUCACUAGCCCAAGCUCCACACUUGAGAGCAAAGACAGUGGGAUCAUAGCCACCAUCACCAGUUCCUCAGAGAAUGAUGACCGCAGCGGCUCCAGUCUGGAGUGGAGUAAGGAUGGCAGCCUGAGAGGCAGCGGGCGCCAUGGCCUGGCACAGAGCGUGCGGGCUGACACCUGCUCUCCCGUGGCAGAAGAAGACUCCAACAGUGCCACUGCCACACCAGCCGACACCCCAUCCAGGACAGAUCAGCAGCAACAGCAGCAGUCCAACACUUCAGCAGGGGCACUAGGACCACCGCAACCAUCAAGUCACACACCUGAGGGACCACAUCCAUACCCACUGCAGACAUCUUCCUCCCUCAUGAUGCCAAGACCAAACUCUGUAGCAGCGACCAGUUCCACAAAGCUGGAAGACCUGAGCUUUCUUGAUGAACAGCGCAACACCCCCCUGCGGACAUCCAUUCGCCUACCCUGGCAUAAUACAGGAGGAAGGCCACCUCAGGACUCUAAAGCUCGUUUUGCUCCCUACAAACCUGUGGACAUCAUGCUCAAGCCCUUGUUGUUUGAGGUACCCAGCAUCACCAUGGAUUCUGUGUUUGUGGGCCGAGAUUGGCUGUUCCAGCAGCUGGAAGAUGUUCUGAAGGCCAGCGAGUCCACAGAGAACCAUGGCGCCGUAGUUGUGGGCAGCGUGGGUUACGGGAAGACGGCCAUUAUCUCCCGGCUAGUAGCGCUGAGCUGCCAUGGAGGCCGCAUGCGUCAGAUAGCCUCCAACAGUCCUAGUGCCUCCCCUAAAAGUGGCGGAGGACCAAGCUCAGAACUUCCUCUCAGCCAGCCACCACAGCCCACUCCACCUUCCAGUGCUACUAAUACACUGAGGACCAACAGCUGCCCAGGGACCCCUGAGAUGCAGCGACGCAGGGAAGGGGCCGUGAAACGCCUGGCAGCAAAGGUGGUGGCAUAUCAUUACUGCCAGGCGGAUAAUACAUACACUUGCUUGGUACCAGAAUUUGUGCAUAGUAUCGCUGCCCUGCUGUGCAGAGCACACCAACUCAGUGCAUACCGGGAGCUGCUGCUGAAAGAGCCCCACCUCCAGAGCAUGCUCAGUCUGCGCUCCUGUGUCCAGGACCCAAUGGCAGCUUUCCGGAGAGGGGUCCUCGAGCCACUUGCCAAUCUUCGUAAAGAGCGGAGGAUUCCAGAGGAGGACCACAUCAUCUUGAUAGACGGGCUAAACGAAGCUGAGUUCCACAAGCCUGACUAUGGAGACACCAUUGCCUCCUUCAUCACAAAGAUCAUUGCCAAGUUCCCUCCCUGGCUUAAACUGGUGGUCACUGUCCGGGUCAACUUGAUGGAGAUCACCAGCCUUCUGCCCUUUUCCAAGAUCUCUCUGGAUGACUUUACUGACAACAAAGAGAUAAGCAAUGACCUCAAUUCCUAUAUCCAGUACCGCAUCAAUGGCAGCAAGGAUAUCAUGAACAACAUUAGCCUCAAUGGUAAAGCUGACCCCAUCACAGUCGGAAAGCUCAGUAGCCACCUGAUCUCACGCAGCCAAGGUUCCUACCUAUAUCUCAAACUCACCCUGGAUCUGUUUGAGAGAGGCCACCUGGUGAUCAAGAGUUCCAGCUACAAAGUUGUGCCCGUCUCACUGGCUGAGCUCUACCAGUUACAGUGCAACAUGAAGUUCAUGACCAAUUCAGCUUUUGAGCGCUCUUUGCCCAUCCUCAAUGUGGCGCUCGCCUCACUGCACCCCAUGACUGACGAACAGCUGUUCCAGGCCAUCAACGCCGGCUUCGUCCAAGGGGAGCUGCAAUGGGAGGACUUCCAACAACGUAUGGAGUUGCUCUCUUGCUUCCUCAUCAAGCGACGGGACAAGACGCGCAUGUUUUGUCACCCCUCCUUCAGAGAGUGGCUUGUGUGGAGAGCUGAUGGAGAGAGUACCGACUUCCUCUGUGACCCCAGGACUGGCCAUGCUCUUAUGGCAUUCAUGCUGUCCCGUCAAGAGGGGAAACUGAAUCGACAGCAGACCAUGGAGCUGGGCCAUCACAUUCUCAAAGCACAUAUCUUCAAGGGCCUGAGUAAGAAAACAGGUGUGUCAUCCAGUGUGCUGCAGGCUUUGUGGAUCAGCUGCAGUACUGAUGGUCUUUCUGCAGCAUUGGCUUCUCUGAGGAACCUCUACACACCCAACGUCAAGGUGAGCCGUCUGCUGAUGCUGGGUGGGGCAAACGUGAAUUACCGCACUGAGGUGCUCAACAAUGCGCCAGUCAUUUGCGUCCAGUGCCACCUUGGCCACCAGGAAAUUGCCUCCUUGCUGCUCGAGUUUGGGGCCAGCGUGGAUGUGGUGUCCGAAAACGGUAUGAACCCUCUCUGCUUCUCAGCUGCUGCAGGACACUUGGGACUAGUCAUGCUGCUCUGCAAGAGGGGGGCCAAGGUUGAUCAUGUAGAUAAGAGUGGCCAAUGUGCGCUGGUCCAUGCUGCUCUGCGAGGACACCCAGAGAUUAUCCAGUACCUACUGGAGCUGGAGUGGAGUGCUGAGGGGCAGCAGCAGGACUGCUCUCUGAAGAACAAAGCCUUGCAGCAGGCUUUGAUAGCAGCCUGCAGUAUGGGACACACACAGGUUGUGAGGGGCUUGCUGGAGUUGAAUGAUGAGCAUACUGUGCAAAUUGAUAGCCACGACACUCUGUGGGGAGAGACAGCCUUGACGGCGGCAGCAGGUCGGGGGAAGAUGGAGGUAUGCAGCUUCCUUUUGGAGGAAGGGGCAGUGGUGCAGCAAGUCAACCGGCGUGGAGUGUCUCCUUUAUUCUGUGCUGUCAGGCAGGGACACUGGCAGAUUGCAGAGCUGCUGCUAGAAAACGGCGCUGACAUUAACAUCAGUGACAAGCAGGGCAGGACUUUACUCAUGGUGGCUGCCUGUGAGGGUCACCUGAGCACUGUAGAGUUUCUGCUUUCGAAAGGUGCAUCUUUGACUUCGAUGGACAAGGAGGGGCUGACACCCCUCAGCUGGGCAUGUUUAAAAGGACAUAAGAAUGUAGUGCAGUUUUUGGUGGAGAAAGGUGCGGUCAUCGACCACACAGACAAAAAUGGACGAACUCCGCUGGACCUUGCUGCCUUCUAUGGAGAUGCGGAGAUCGUCCAGUAUUUGGUGGAAAGAGGAGCAGUGAUAGAGCAUGUGGACUACAGUGGGAUGAGGCCUCUGGACCGGGCUAUAGGCUGCCGAAACACGUCGGUGGUGGUGACUCUGCUGAAGAAGGGGGCCAAGCUGGGGAACGCUGCUUGGGCCAUGGCUACUUCUAAGCCUGACAUCCUCAUUAUCCUUCUUCAAAAGCUGAUGGAAGAGGGAAACCUGCUUUACAAGAAAGGGAAGAUGAAAGAGGCAGCCCAGAGGUACCAGUACGCCCUGAGGAAGUUUCCUAGAGAAGGCUUUGGUGAUGACCUGAAGGCAUUUAAAGACCUGAGGGUCUCUCUGUACCUCAAUCUCUCGCGCUGUCGCAGAAAAACUAAUGACUUUGGGAUGGCUGAGGAAUUUGCAACAAAAGCACUGGAGCUGAAACCCAAAUCCUACGAGGCCUACUAUGCCCGUGCAAGAGCUAAAAGGAGCAGCAGGCAGUUUACGGCGGCCCUGGCUGACCUGCAUGAAGCAGCCAAGCUGUGCCCCAAUAACCGGGAAAUCCGUCGCUUGCUGGCUCGAGUUGAAGAAGAGUGUAAACAAAUGCAGCGCACUCAGACCAAAGGAGGCCUCGCUGGGGCUGCAGCUGCCUCCAGCCAGGCGUCAGGAGGCCACGAGUCUGACCAGGAGCAAGACGAAGGACAAGAGGACCCUUUAGAGCACAGCCUUGCCAGGAGCGUAGCAGGCCAAAGAGACAUCCUGGAAGAGGAGGAAGAGGAGGAGGUGACAUCACAACAUGACAGGACACCUGAGGCCUGCUGGUCACAAAACAGUUACCCCUACAACAGAGUCUUACCCUCCGAGCCUGUCAGCAACAGUCUGGGUCACCAGGGUCUUAACCCCAGCUCACCCCCUGGCCCCGGCAGGCUUCCCCUCCACCGGUACCCCCGAGAACACCGGGAGGCCCAACAGGGUCUGGUCCUACAGUCCACCAAGCAAGCCCAGAUAGUCAAGACCAACCAGCAUAUGAGCUCCAUGCAAGCUGGCGGUGGGGCUGUUGGGGGCCGCACAACAGGGGCCAAAUCCCAGUAUGCUCCUUCCAGUCCUUUACCCAGCCGACAUAUGUCCAGCAUGCUGAAGCCCGGGCCAGGCAUCGACAUCAGUCCUCUUCCCCCCACAUCUGACGAGUCCAUCUAUGGGAACCGUAAGUCACUAGCAGCUGCCUCCACCUCCAUGGGUCACAGCUGUGAGAAAGAGAGCCUCCAUUCCUCCCAGGCCUCCUACUCAUCCUGCAGCAGCUCCAAGGGUCUAGGGCAAGACAGGUUGUCGGCCCACUCUGCAUCCUCUCUGGAUGGGUUGGCCUCCUCUGGUUCUGGUCCCCAGGGAAGCCAUACCGACCCAGGAAAGGAAGGUAUGUGUGGUUCAGUAGGAUUGCAGGGAGCAGGUAGCAGCAGCAUGCGUGUGUCCAGUUCUACCAGCAGCUUAGCCUCUAGCAGUAGCCUAUCUGACAGCGGCAAGCUGGGACCAGACGUCCGCACCAAGGUCUCGGACAAGACGAAGCACAGCCAACAGGCCAGCUCUACUGCAGAGUACAAACCCAGACCCUUCAUGGGCAUUACUGACAAGACGGCACGCUUUCAGCAACAGCUCCAACAACAGCAGCAAAUCCAACAGCAGCAGCACCACCACGUCCUGCAGAGUCACCCGAGCCUGCAGUCUACUGGCCGCAGCUGGCUGAACCACUCGUCUGACGGUCUGGUAUGUCACAACAUGUCAACAAUGGGCCUGCAGCCUGUCGACUGUGAGCUGCCUUACACCAAAACAGUGAGCACUUACCAGGAGCAGCACAAACCUCCUUCACCUCAGGGUGCUAUGGCAAUGAGUAGCUUACAAAACGGCAUGCUCGCCAAGGAAUUCACGGAGAAGUUCUGCCAACCCACCAACUGUUACAAAGAGUCCAAGCCAGCACUGGCGAUGCAGCACACGUUCAUGGACAGUAAACCCAAGCAGCCUGGCCUAGCCCGAGAUAAUCCUGCCAUUCACAUAGCUUCUAUGAAACCAAAGCGAUCAUUUAUAGAGUCGAAUGUGUAGAGAUGUUUGUUCUAUCUCAUACAGUCCACAACGCACACACCCUAGCAAAAAGAAUUGUUUUACCUUUUUUAACCAGCCCCAGACAGAGUACAGUAUCACUCUUAAGCCUUGUAAGAAGCACAGUAUGUGUGAAUACAGACUGCAAGCAGUGUGCUCCAGAUUUCUCUCCUCCCAACCUGCCGCUUGUGGCUGUCAGCUUCUGUUACAAGACAACAUGUCCACCGUCGUUCAGCCAAGCUGGAGACAUUGCACUGAAGGAAGUAUUUGGGCAUGUACUGUACAGUCCCUCAUCAACAAAACAGUGACAGCAAGCACUUUAUAUACAGUUAGGCCAUUUAAGUGCUUAUAACAACAUUCAGUUACAACAUGAUGUAUUGUAUUGCAUUAUCACAGAGCAGUUUAAUAAGAGUUGAAUAGGGUUUGAAUUAUGUUCAUUUCGUCCAUGGUGCUGAAAGAAAUAAGGAGAAGAAACUCCACAGUGAAGGUGUAAGAAAGUCUAACGGACGGGCAUUCCUGUGUUUUACGAAGGAUGUUAUAGAUCCUCAUGUUGUGUAUAUUAUAUAAAUAUGUACUUUUCCUUCUUUUCAGUGAAGGAUCAUGUUCAGUGUAUUGACAAGUUCAGACUGGUGUAUUUUGAGUUUUAUGCACAAUGUUGUUUAAAUGGUGUUAAAUGUUCUAAAAAAGCAUUUGUUAAAUAUGUUUGUACAUUAUAUAAAUCAUUAACAUGGAAUUGAAAUCAUUUCUGUAUCUGCUUGUUGUUGCUGUCUAGUUUAAUUUAUUUACAGCGCCGAUGGCUUAAUUGUAAAAGCAAUAUAUUUUAUAUAGUUAUUUUUGCACAGCUACUAAGACAUUUUAUGAUUCUCAAUAAUAUUGAGUUUAAGUGCAUGCUACAAUUGCAGUUUACAGUAUAUUUCAGAGUAAAAAAAAUAACUAUAAAAAAGGUUUUGGGGCACAGUGCCAUCGGCUCUAUUUUAAUAUGUAUGUUAAAUGCAAUUGUUGCCAUGUUUUCAGUAUUGUGAGCUUUAUUAGCUGUGAUCACAUACUGUAAUAGAGCAUUACUGCCAUAGCCACCAUGGGAGAGAGAAUAAAGACCCACUGAG